AUGACUGGCCAGGGCCAGUCAGCGCCCGGGUCUCCGGCGUGGAAUACGAUAUUCCGCCAUGUCCGAUACGAGAACCUGGUGGCGGGCGUGAGUGGUGGGGUGCUGUCCAACCUCGCGCUGCACCCUCUAGACCUCGUGAAAAUACGCUUCGCCGUGAGUGAUGGAUUGGAACUGAGACCAAAGUAUAAAGGAAUUUUGCAUUGUUUGACUACUAUUUGGAAACUUGGUGGACUACGUGGACUUUACCAAGGAGUAACCCCAAAUGUAUGGGGUGCAGGAUUAUCUUGGGGACUCUACUUUUUUUUUUACAAUGCCAUCAAAUCAUAUAAGACAGAGGGAAGAACUGAACGGUUAGAAGCAACAGAAUACCUUGUCUCAGCUGCUGAGGCUGGAGCCAUGACCCUCUGCAUUACAAACCCAUUAUGGGUAGCAAAAACUCGCCUUAUGUUACAGUAUGAGACUGAAGUUAACCCUUCACAGCGAAAAUAUAAAGGAAUGUUUGAUACACUUGUGAAAAUACAUAAGUAUGAAGGUAUACGUGGAUUGUACAAGGGAUUUGUUCCUGGCCUGUUUGGAACAUCACAUGGUGCCCUUCAGUUUAUGGCAUAUGAAUUGCUGAAGUUGAAGUACAACCAGCGUAUCAAUAGAUUACCAGAAGCCCAGCUGAGCACAGUAGAAUAUAUAUCUGUUGCAGCACUUUCCAAAAUAUUUGCUGUAACAGCAACGUAUCCAUAUCAAGUUGUGAGAGCUCGUCUUCAGGAUCAACACGUCUUUUACACGGGUGUAUUGGAUGUAGUCACAAGGACAUGGAGGAAAGAAGGCAUCGGUGGAUUUUACAAAGGAAUUGUCCCCAAUCUAAUUAGAGUGACACCAGCCUGCUGUAUUACCUUUGUGGUAUAUGAAAAUGUCUUACAUUUUUUACUUGACUUGAGAGAAAAUAAAACUCAAAGGAGAUAAUUCCAGUCUAUCUGCCCAAGGCAGCAGCAUCCUCCUUCAUGUUUGAAACAUAAAACUCAGAAGAGUACUGCACAGCCACAUGGCUCACAAACAUGGUCUAUAAUUGCUAGAAGUCACAGAACUGCUAAGUCUUCACAGUGUUUUUCUGCUUUUUGCCUUUCAUGUGUUUGGGGCUUGGCUACCUCUGCCUAAAAAUGGCUGCAAUCAACACAAUGCUAAAACUGACAGCAAGUCUAGAGUUUCAUAAAUUCUGCUAUUUAAUUGUUCAAGUAGAAACUGUUUUGUAACAUUCACUAAAUGCAUUAGGUGAAUUUGCUUCUUUUUCUAAACUCACGUCCCUAGAUUGGCUUUACAAAUUGACCACUGUGCAAUAAUAAGAAUACAGCUUAUUCUGAGAAUGUCAUUCUAUGUUUCUAGGGUAGAUUAAACUAUAAG